AUGACGACACCCCCUAAGGUCUUAGAGCUCAAGAGGAAAUUGGCGAUUGCUAAGGCUGAAAUUCUUGUCAAAAAGCUCAGCUGCUCUGAGAAGGCUAGGCACAAUGCCCUACCGGAUCAUAUGAAGAAGGUGCUUGAAAGCAAGAAUCUUUCUCUCUUCGAGGCGCUCCUCAAGGAACAUGCUUACUGGGACAUGGGGGUAGUCCAGCUCAUGGAACAGGGAGUGGACCUUGUUGGGUUUCAGGACACCCCUUCUUGCUAUCCCCAAAAGAUUGCUCCUGCCACCAUGUCGAGGGACGAGUUCCUUGACUCCGCCGAAUGGAGGCGGCGGGCUCUCACAACACCCGGCGCCAGGGCUCCGGAUGCAGGGCAGCUCGCCCACCUUGAGCAGACAUGCAAGGAAGAGGUAGACCUUGGGUUCAUGCUGGGACCCUACACGGAGGAUCAAGUGUCCCGGCUGUUCGGCCACACUCGCUGGUCGUGCAUCCGGCGGUUCGUCUUGGAGCAGAAGCCAGGGAAACUUCGGCCCAUAGAUGACGCAAAGGAAGCCCUUGUGAACAGCGCCAGCACCUCAACGAUGCGACUCGAGCUCGAGGACGCCGACUACCUGUCUGCUAUGGCUCUCGAGGUUGCCCGACGCAUCCUGGCAGACCCUUCCAAACCCGGUGCGGUGCCAUGGGUAGCCAGGUGUCUUGACUUGACGAAAGCCUACAAACAGAUGUGUGUUUCGGAGCGUGACCUGCCGGUCUCGGUGGUCUUCUUUCUUGAUGGACAGGGCAAGCCCAGGUACUACGUGAGCCACUCGCUGUUAUUCGGGUGCACAUCGUCAGUAUUUGCAUUCAACAGGGUGUCCAAAGCAAUCUCCUUCCUGUUGAACCAAAUGUUGCUUGUGCCAAGCUCCGUGUUCUACGAGACUGUUCCUCUCUGCACGAACAACACAAGUGAAAGCGCAACGUGGGCCCACAACCCGCCCACGCUUGAUCUUCUGGGCUGGGGUCACGCCCGCGUGGGCAAGGACGCUAAAGGCGUUCCAUUUGCGGCAAGCUUCGAGGUCCUUGGGAUGUCGAUGCAACUUGAUGGUGUUCACCGUGGACGCCUGACCCUUCAGAACAAAGCCGGACGUAUCGAGCAGCUCGUGGCCUUGUUUCAGGGAUUUCUUGACAGGGGUGCCAUCACGGUGCACGAGGCACAAGUCGCCCAUGGACUCUUGAACUUCUCUGCAGGCUAUGUGAAUGGUCGGGCCUUACGCUUAACAUGCCAGGAGCUCCUUCGCUUGACAAAGGCUUCGAGCCCCGCCUCUUCGAAGGCGAUCCGCAGCUUCUGCGUCAACAGCAUUGAAGCCCUCCGUGCACUUAGCCCUCGCGUGCUCAGUGUGUGGGACAGCCGUGCCCCGAUACACAUCUUCACGGACGGUGCGUGGGAGCAGCGCCGAGCCGGAAUCGGUGCCGUCAUCUUUGACACAGCUUCCGGCAAGUCGUGGACUUAUGAGGGUCUCGUCCCAGAGCCGCUCAUCCUCCGAUGGGAGGCCGAGGUCGGGACUCAGCUCAUUUGCCAGAUCGAGUUGUACGCGGUGGUAUGCCUGAGGUGGGCCCUGGCUUCCACCUUUGACCACAGGCCCUGGGACGUCUGCCACCGACAAGGGGAAACGGACUACCAGUUGACCAAAGCCUAUACCCGGGGGCUCUUUUCUUCUGAUUGCGUCGCUCACCAGCUCCGCACUCGGGGCAACUAG